GUUGCUGUGGCGCCUGCGCCUUGUGUCAGGCGGCCGGUGACGUCCGGUGAGAUCCAAGAUGGUGGUGCUUGGCUGGUUCGAUCGUUGGUGACAGAAGUGCCGCUCCGCCCACCUGACACCGCCUGAAGACCCGCGCCGCCCCUCGCCAUCGCCGCUAUGUCUGGUGCCGGCAACAAACGCGCCGCGGGCGACGGGGGCUCUGGGCCGCCGGAGAAGAAGCUGAGCCGCGAAGAGAAGACCACAACCACUCUGAUUGAGCCCAUUCGUCUUGGGGGCAUCUCUUCCACGGAGGAGAUGGACUUGAAAGUACUACAGUUCAAGAACAAGAAACUGGCAGAGCGCUUGGAACAGCGACAAGCUUGUGAAGAUGAACUCCGAGAACGAAUUGAAAAGUUGGAGAAGCGGCAGGCCACUGAUGAUGCCACACUUCUCAUUGUCAAUCGCUACUGGGCCCAGCUGGAUGAAACAGUUGAAGCUCUUCUUCGAUGCCAUGAGAGCCAGGGGGAGUUGUCUUCAGGGAUAGAGGCACCCGGGAGCCAGGAGGGGCCAAUUCGCGAUGUGAUCCCACCACUGGCAGAACCAGAGACAUCAGAACUGAGGGAACCCCUGCCAAUGCAGCUCCGACCCCCUCUCAGUGAGCCAGCUCUGGCUUUUGUGGUGGCACUGGGUGCCAGCAGCAAUGAGGAAGUGGAGCUGCAACUGCAGGGGCGUAUGGAAUUCUCCAAGGCAGCCGUGUCCAGGGUGGUUGAGGCCUCUGACCGCCUCCAGCGCCAAGUAGAGGAGCUCUGUCAGCGAGUACACAGCCGAGGAGAUAGUGAGCCCCCUGGGGAGGCAGCAAGGGCACGUACCCGGGAGCUGGGUCGAGAGAACCGCCGGCUACAAGACUUGGCUACUCAACUGCAGGAGAAGCACCACCGCAUCUCACUGGAGUACUCUGAGCUCCAGGAUAAAGUGACAUCAGCAGAGACCAAGGUGCUGGAGAUGGAGACAACGGUGGAAGAUCUGCAGUGGGACAUCGAGAAACUUCGCAAGAGAGAGCAAAAGCUUAAUAAGCACCUAGCAGAGGCCUUGGAGCAGCUCAACUCUGGCUACUAUGUGUCUGGGAGCUCCUCAGGCUUCCAAGGAGGCCAAAUAACACUUAGCAUGCAGAAGUUUGAGAUGUUGAAUGCAGAAUUGGAAGAAAACCAGGAACUGGCCAACAGCCGCAUGGCAGAGCUGGAGAAGCUCCAAGCUGAGCUUCAAGGGGGCGUACGGACCAAUGAACGCCUCAAGGUGGCCCUGAGAAGCCUUCCUGAGGAGGUGGUACGAGAGACAGGGGAGUACCGCAUGCUGCAGGCCCAGUUCUCACUGCUCUACAAUGAGUCUUUACAAGUGAAGACCCAGCUAGAUGAGGCUCGAGGGAUGCUGCUGGCCUCCAAGAAUUCCCACUUGAGACACAUUGAGCAUAUGGAGAGUGACGAGCUGGGGCUGCAGAAGAAGCUUCGCACAGAGGUUAUUCAGCUGGAGGACACCCUGGCCCAGGUACGCAAGGAAUACGAGAUGCUGCGCAUCGAGUUUGAACAGAACCUGGCAGCCAACGAGCAGGCCGGGCCCAUCAACCGUGAGAUGCGUCACCUGAUUAGCAGUCUCCAGAAUCAUAACCACCAGCUGAAAGGGGAUGCCCAGCGAUAUAAGCGAAAACUUCGAGAAGUACAGGCUGAAAUCGGCAAGCUCCGGGCCCAGGCCAGUGGCUCUACCCACUGCAUCCCCAACCUGGGCCAUCCAGAGGAUUCUGGCCUUGGUGUCCCAGCUCCAGGGAAGGAAGAGGGUGGGUCAGGUCCUGGUGGUACCCCUGACAGCAGAAAGGAGAUGGCUUCAGUGUCUGGAUCCACCACUACUACCUUCUCAGUGAAGAAAGAAGAUCUAACCCCUUUUGAAGAUGAUGCCCAGUCCCUAACUCCUGGGACCCAGGGCCCAUCCUCCCGAAACCGAGAACCUGAGGCCAGGCCUAAGCGAGAACUUCGUGAAAGAGAAGGGCCUAGCCUGGGGCCCCAACCUGUAGCUUCAGCUCUCUCACGGGCUGAUCGAGAGAAGGCUAAGGUGGAGGAAGCCAAAAGGAAGGAGUCGGAACUGCUCAAGGGUCUCCGAGCAGAGCUCAAGAAAGCCCAAGAAAGCCAAAAGGAGAUGAAGCUGCUGUUGGACAUGUACAAGUCAGCACCCAAGGAGCAGCGGGAUAAAGUACAGCUCAUGGCAGCUGAGCGCAAGGCCAAGGCAGAGGUUGAUGAGCUUCGGAGCCGCAUCCGGGAACUGGAGGAGAGGGACCGAAGGGAAAGCAAGAAAAUUGCAGAUGAGGAUGCCCUGCGGCGCAUCCGGCAGGCAGAGGAGCAAAUUGAACAUCUGCAACGCAAGUUGGGUGCCACCAAGCAGGAGGAGGAGGCUCUGCUGUCGGAGAUGGAUGUGACAGGUCAGGCUUUCGAGGACAUGCAGGAGCAGAACGGGCGGCUGCUACAGCAGUUGCGGGAAAAGGAUGAUGCUAACUUUAAGUUAAUGUCAGAGCGGAUCAAGGCCAACCAGAUUCAUAAACUGCUUCGGGAAGAGAAGGAUGAGUUGGGCGAGCAGGUUCUUGGCCUCAAGUCCCAGGUGGACGCCCAGUUGCUGACUGUGCAGAAGCUGGAGGAAAAGGAGCGGGCCUUGCAGGGCAGCCUUGGGGGAGUGGAGAAGGAGUUGACACUGCGCAGCCAGGCCCUGGAGCUUAACAAGAGGAAGGCUGUGGAAGCAGCCCAGUUGGCUGAGGACCUGAAGGUACAGCUGGAGCAUGUGCAGACUCGCCUUCGGGAGAUCCAGCCUUGUCUGGCAGAGAGCCGGGCUGCUCGGGAAAAAGAGAGUUUCAAUCUCAAGAGAGCUCAAGAGGACAUCUCCCGGCUGCGGCGGAAGCUGGAAAAGCAGAGGAAGGUGGAGGUUUAUGCAGAUGCUGAUGAGAUCCUGCAGGAGGAGAUCAAGGAGUACAAGGCACGGUUGACCUGCCCCUGCUGUAAUACACGCAAGAAGGAUGCCGUUCUUACCAAGUGCUUCCAUGUAUUCUGCUUCGAGUGCGUGCGGGGCCGCUAUGAGGCCCGCCAGAGGAAGUGCCCCAAGUGCAAUGCAGCCUUUGGUGCUCACGACUUCCACCGUGUCUACAUCAGCUGAGCCUGAAACCCAAAGGGGCCUUGGAACACCCACAUACACUGAGGGCUGUGCCUCUAUGUCCCUCCAACAGGUGCAGUGGCCCCAACCUUCAUUCCAGACCCCAUGGGCCCAGCCCUCUGCCUACCUAGUUGGUUUUGGGCUUCUGGUAUAUGUUGGUGAGAUGGGAUCAGCCAGGCUCAGUUGUCUUUUCCUGAAGGUCAGGAAGGUCUGCAGCCUGGAGGGCUUUUCAGGCCCACAAGCAUUCAUCCACAGCCUUCGAUGCUGGCCCUAACCCUGCUUCUGCGGAGACAGACUCAUUCUAACCCUACCUGCCUACACAUCCACAGUGACAACUUGGGACCCCUUGUGCUUGACACUGGGGCCUGGGCCCCAAGGAGCCUUUCUUCACCAUUUAUCCCCAGGCCCCUGUAGGGCCUUAACCUUUUAGUGGAGUUCCCUGGGCUCUGGCAUGACUCUUGUACUGAUUGCUGGAGUGGCUGCUCCCUGGGAGUACUGCCCCUUUCCCCUGGGAAGCUCUACUUGUGCUUCCCAAUCUCUACAUCUCACCGAGGCCACCCUGUCCAUCCCCUGGGUUCCUGUCCCUAGCCCUGUAUUUAUCCUGGUGGCCUUAACUGCUGCGAAGGUGCACCUUACCAGGAGAGGGACAGCCCAGCACUAGUCCCUGGGCCAACUUCCUAUCAUUCCAGUGGAGAACUUUGCUCAACACCUCGUGACUGAGCCUGUGCCCAGAUGGUUCCUGUGCUACCUAUGCGCUAUGAAGGUAGCACCGAGAGGAGGCCUGAAGACAUACUGACAGUUGCAGACACCUGUUUGGACUCACAGCCUCUGCUCUAAACAUGUCUUGUGUGGGGUGUUUUAUUGUUAUGAAUAAACGCCCAGCCCUAGGCAUACAGAA